AUGUCUCUGGCACAGAAGAAAGCCCUCUCCAACCUGAGCAAUUUGGUGGGCAACAACAACAAGCCGCCUCAAAAGCGAACGCUUGAGUCGCCCAAUAACAUUGCCAAUCUUAAGAAGAAGAAUGCAAAGAAAAACCAAGAGAAUAUUUGCGUUGGAAAAAAUGUGAAGGGCAAAGCUGUUGAUCCAACUCGGACCAUUGAGAGCAAGAUUAAGAAAAUCGCAAUCAAGGAUGAAAUCAAGGAUGAGAUGGAGGACUCCAUCGUUUUUCUCGCCACCAAAACUCGCCGUCCUGUUUUGGCUCGAGCGGCAAAGACUUUGGCUACUGAAAGUUCCUUAACCAUCGAAAAGGCGCCUUCAGUCACUUGGAAGGAGUGCUACAUUGCACCGGCCCAUCUUCCGGCAAAUGUGCCUGACUACGACAGGACCCAACUGAACAACAUCGAGUCAGAGCCGCUCUAUGCUUAUGAAAUCUUCGAAUACUACAAGCAAAAAGAGCUGGCGACUAAAACGGAAAAGUACAUGUCUAAGCAGAAUAAUUUGACUGACAAGAUGCGAGCCGUUCUCGUCGACUGGAUGGUCGAGGUGCAGCAGAACUUUGAGCUCAACCACGAGACGCUCUACCUGGCUGUCAAGUUUGUCGACCACUACUUGAUGAAAGAGUCCAUCACUCGGGCUCGCUUUCAGCUCCUAGGACUGACUGCCGUCUUUGUUGCUUGCAAGCUGGACGAGAGAAUCUUUCCCACCAUUGACGAUUUCAUCUACAUCAGCGAUGAUGCCUACACUCGAGAGGACUUUAUCGCGAUGGAAAUCGAGCUUCUGAAAGUGUUGGAUUUCAACCUCAACUUUCCGCUGUCAUACAGCUUUUUGCGAAGAUUUGCCCGAUGCGCUUCUCAGUCAAUUGAAACGCUCACUUUGGCGCGGUACAUUCUCGAGUCUUCGCUGCUAGACUACUCCGUAGUUGAUGAGCUUGACUCAAAGAAGGCUGCCGCCUCUUUGCUGCUGGCCCUGAAAAUGAAGAACCUGAAAUGGAAUGACUCUUUGGUCUUCUACUCGGGCUAUUCUGAAUGUGAUCUGGAAAGCUUGGUAGUCAUCUUGAACCGGCUCAUUUCAACUCCAAGCAAAUACGAGAACAUUCGGAACAAGUAUUCCGACAAAGUCUUUUUUGAGGUCGCAAAGCUAAAACCGAUUAGCAUCUGA